AUGAAGUUCUCUGUCGCUGCCGUCCUCGCCGUCGCCGCUGGUGCCUCUGCCCACUCCAACGUCACCGUCACCACCGAGGUCGUUGACGUCUACACCACCUACUGCCCUGAGGCCACCCAGAUCACCCACGGCACCAAGACCUACACCGUCACCGCCCCCACGACCCUGACCAUCUCCGAGUGCCCCUGCACCAUCACCCGCCCGGUCACCGUCACCUCUUCCGUUGUCUGCCACAACUGCCCCAAGCCCACUGGCGCUCCCCCUGCCCAGAGCUCCAACGGCACCGUUCCCGUUCAGCCCACCACCACCGGCGUCCCUCCCACCGCUGGUGCCGCCAAGGCCGUCCCCGCCCUUGCUGGUCUCGUCGGUCUCGUCGCUGCCCUUCUGUAA